AUGAUUUUUCGAACUUCUUCUCAGCCCACCCUCUUUGUCGAUUCUUUGAUAAAGUGCCCCUCCUUGGAUUAUUGUCUGAUUCCGUCUGUCGGGAAUGAGCGAGCAUUUUCUCUCUCUCUCUCUCUCACUCAUACCAACUCUUUUCAAAGUUUUCACCCUGCCCGUCGCCACCUUCUCCUGCAGUCACAUGAUCUUGUCUCCAGUCACAUGAUUCUCUCUUUCGACGAGCCCGGCCGGUCGGGUCGGCAUGUGCGCGCUACCACCCACACUCAAAGCACUCGAAAUGAUCGACCUACAACAAAUAUACAUCGCCCGGCGAGGGAACUACUGCCACCAAACCAACUUAAUAGCCUUAAAAAAAUUUUCCUUCCUUCUUUUUCUCUUUUCUAUAUACAUAUCCCUAUCUUUUACAAUACAUUCUCUCUGUCUCUGAGCCAAUCACAUGCUGAUGUCGAACUUAUUCAGUGCCUACUCUGUGCAUUCUUUCAUUUUUCUUUUCUGCAAUUCCUCACGUGCUGUCUAUCUCUUUCUCUCUUACUCUCACGAGAGAUUUUCUUUUCUCUUUUCAAUCACUCCUCUCUAGCUUCGUCUCAUUUUCAGUUCCUUUCGCCAUCAUUUUGUAACCAGUAUAGCAACCAUCUGUCCGUGACAUCAUGCCUUCCUGAACAUCACUCUGUUGCAACAAAGUUGUGUGCUUGUCUGCUGUCUCCUGUAUUUUUUUGUUUGUUUUUUAAAUCCCCUCUUCUCUCUCUCUCAUUAUCUCUCUGCAUUUUGCCUUUCUCUCUCUCUCUCUCUCAGCUUAUUUAUUAUUCAUUGUAUGUGCGUGUCUCUCUCUCUCUCUCUCUCUCUCUUUCAACAAUCACUUUGAUCUUUUUUGCUCUCUCUCUCUCUUGCUUCCCCCCCUCUCUCUCUCUCUCUUGCUUCCCCCCCUCGCUCUCUCUCUCUUGCUUCCCCCCCCCGCUCUCUCUCUUGCUUCCCCCUCUCUCUCUCUCUUUGCUUCCCUCUCUCUUCUUCCCCCUCUCUCUUGCUUCCCCCCUCUCUCUCUCUUGCUUCCCCCCCUCGCUCUCUCUUGCUUCCCCCCGCUCUCUCUUGCUUCCCCCCUCCUCUCUCUCUCUUGCUUCCCCUCUCUCUUGCUUCCCCCUCUCUCUUGCUCCCCCUCUCUCUCUCUUGCUUCCCCCCCUCUCUCUCUUUGCUUCCCCCCUCUCUCUCUCUCUCUUCCUUCUCCCUAAAACAAAAAUUUUAAUUUCUCCAGGCUCUCUCUCUUGCUUCCCCCCUCCCUCUCUCUCUCUUGCUUCCCCCCUCUCUCUCUCUCUCUUCCCCCCUCUCUCUCUCUCUCUUGCUUCCCCCCCCCUCUCUCUCUCUCUUUCUUCCCCCCUCUCUCUCUCUCUUGCUUUUUUCUCCCUCUCUCUCUUCCCCCCCUCGCUCUCUCUCUCUCUUGCUUCCCCCUAUCUCUCUCUCUCUUGCUUCCCCCCUCGCUCUCUCUCUCUCUUUGCUUCCCCCCGAUCUCUCUCUCUCUCUUCCCCCCUCCCUCUCUUGCUUCCCCCUCGCUCUCUCUCUAAAUUCCCCCCCUCGAUCUCUCUCUCUCUUGCUUCCCCACCCCCAGACUCUCUGUCUCUUCUUGCGAAAGCUCGACAUGUGCCCUCAAUGGUCUAUGGCCAGUUAGUAGGCUGUUCUGACCAGCUGGUGACCAUGGCGGACAGUGGUACUACCGUGUCGUCCGCUCUGGCUGGAAGCCAUCACAACCACGAACUGAACAGCAUGGCUUUGAGUGCUGCAGCUGCUGCAGCUGCUGCCGUCUCACAUCACGACCUAACUGCCAUGCAAAAUCGCAUUCCAUUAACCUUUCGUGACCCCAGUCAUGCACCACUACGAAAGCUUAGUGUGGAACUUAUUAAAACAUACAAACAUAUAAACGAGGUUUACUAUGCAAAGAAGAAACGCCGGGCACAACUGCCACAUGAUGAAUCAAUACAUAAAAAGGGGCGUACGAACGUACCUGUUUAUAAUGACGGUUAUGAUGACACAAACCAUGACUACAUAAUCACCCCGGGGGAGAAGUGGAUGGACAGAUACGAAAUCGAUUCCUUAAUUGGAAAAGGCUCUUUUGGCCAGGUUGUGAAGGCCUACGAUCAUGUGGAUCUAGAAUACGUUGCAGUGAAGAUUAUUAAAAACAAGAAGCCAUUCCUGAACCAGGCGCAAAUUGAAGUGCGCCUCCUUGAACUCAUGAACAAACAUGAUAUAGAAAGUAAAUACUACAUAGCCGGGGAAUUGCGGAAUUCUUCCGGAACAGUGAAACUGAAAAGGCAUUUUAUGUUCCGAAACCACUUGUGCCUAGUGUUCGAGCUGUUGUCUUACAAUUUGUAUGAUUUGUUACGAAACACCAAUUUCCGAGGAGUGUCUCUGAAUUUAACUCGCAAGUUUGCCCAGCAGUUGUGCACUGCGUUGUUGUUCCUUGCCACACCAGAACUGAAUAUCAUCCACUGUGACUUGAAACCCGAAAAUAUUCUCCUGUGUAACCCAAAACGCAGUGCGAUAAAAAUAGUAGACUUUGGCAGCUCAUGUCAAUUAGGGCAGAGGAUUUACCAAUAUAUCCAAAGUCGUUUCUACCGAUCACCGGAAGUGUUAUUAGGAAUUGCAUACGACCUGGCCAUCGAUAUGUGGAGUCUUGGAUGUAUCUUAGUAGAGAUGCAUACGGGAGAGCCCCUGUUUGCUGGUUCUAAUGAGUUUGAUCAAAUGAUGAAAAUUGUUGAAGUUUUGGGAAUGCCCCCAAAGCAUCUGCUAGAUCAGGCGCCAAAGGCCAGAAAAUAUUUCGACCAGCAUCCUGAUGGAACUUAUGUAUGCAAGAAACCUAAAGAUGGUAAAAAAUAUAAGCAGCCCGGGUCUCGGAAACUGCAUGAUGUAAUUGGUGCUGAGAAUGGUGGACCUGGAGGUCGGAGGUCAGGCGAACCGGGACAUAAUUUGGCAGACUAUCUUAAAUUUAAGGACCUUAUACUAAGAAUGUUAGACUAUGACCCCAAGACACGCACCACACCCUAUUAUGCCCUCCAGCACAACUUUUUCAAGAAGACCACAGAUGAAAGCACUAAUACGUCCAGUAGUACAUCAGGUAGUCCAGCCAUGGAGCAGCAGUCAGUGUCUAGUCCACCAGCUUGGAGUUCUGAGAGAGAAAGGAUCCGUCCACGUUGUUUUGUUCCGCAUAAUGCACCUUUGAGGGGAAAAGCUGGAAAAAAAAAAUCUGAAAGCUCCACCUUCUUCAUCUUCAUCCGUGUCUGUGUCCCGGCGAGACAAAUCAUUCAUUCAAAUGUCCAGGACAAGUUAACAUUCAGUGAAUUCUUCCCUUCCAAGUGGACUUGCAAGUACAGAGCACAGCACAGCAGGGGUGGGUGGGAUGUGCUACCCGUCUUCUCCUACACGUCUUCCUUGGGCGGGGCAGCAUCACAUCGGUGUGACAUCAUUAUUCAUUCUACCAAGCGUAUUGAUCACUCGAUAACAAUGGCAAGAAGAGAUGUCUUCAAGUGUCAUUGUCUUUUUUUUUUUUUUUCUUGA